CGUCGCCAUUUUAAGUCAGUUAUUAUAAAUCAGCUGUGAGGCUAAUGUCUCCUUGACUGGACACUUCCGGUAUUCGGCCUAAACACUCCAAGACGUUACGACGUGGAAGAAAACUAAUCCCACCAACGGAAGCAUUUUUAAAGCCAUUCAAACACAUCCGAUCUUUGCAAAAGUAAUCACGUAUUUUAAUGUGUGUGUUAAAAACGACGACUGAGGAGGUCAUUUGAGCCACAAGGGGGGCGGGGCUUAUGAGGAGAAGGCGUUGCCAGCAACAGUCGUCCAACAGGUUCGGAAGUGUCAACAUAGGAAGAAAAAAACGUCAUUUUGUGGUUCUAAUUCACAUUGGUGGACCUUGGAAGGAAUAAACAGACCACAGGAUUUUCCAUCGAAGUAUUUGGAUUGAAGCAGGAAGUGCCAACUAGUCCUCUCCUGUUAUGUCUGAUGCUGGCUUUUCAACUUUGCGCCUAUAACAAUCCGGAUGGUUCUUUUCCUCUUUGGUCCGGAGGACACAACGUCCACAGUUUCCAAAAACAAUUUGAAAUGUGGACUCGUCAGACCACAAAUGGGCUACCCAAACCAGGUGCCCUACCCGAUGUCCUAUCACGGGGGCCAGGGUCAGUCGGUGGCUCCAUACCCUGCUUUUCAGGGCGGCUACGGAGACCCCGCUCAAGCCCCACCUCCAGGCUUUAACAUGGAUUACAACCAUGGUCAAAAUCCUCCUGUCACGUUUCAACCGGCACCUAUGGGCCAAGCAGGGGCGGUCUCAGGUGGACCCCCCAUGUAUGGCGGCUCCCCACACCAGGGGGCAGUGGGCCCAGCGGAAAUGGUCCCUAAUGCUGCCACAAAUGUAGUUGCUGUUGGGGUCCCGCCAGGACUUGAAUACCUCACACAGAUUGACCAAAUUCUCAUCCACCAGAAAGUGGAACUCCUCGAAGCUUUCAUUGGCUUCGAGACAAACAACCAGUAUGAGAUAAAGAACAGCUUGGGCCAAAAGAUCUACAAAGCCAAGGAGAAGAACGACUGCUGUACCAGAAACUGCUGCGGUUCGCUACGAAGUUUUGACAUGAAGAUCAAAGAUAACUCAGACCGUGAGGUCAUCCGCCUGGUGCGGCCCUUUCGAUGCGUGUCCUGCUGGUGCCCGUGCUGCCUACAAGAGUUGGAGGUCCAGGCCCCUCCAGGCACCACGGUGGGCUACGUCAAACAGGACUGGCACCCUUUCCUGCCACGCUUUUCCAUUCAGGAUGCCACCAAGGAGACCCUGAUGAAGCUGGAGGGUCCUUGCUUCGCCUGCAACUGCUGCGGGGACGUCAAUUUUGAGCUGAAGAGCAAAAAUGGCAGCCAACCCAUCGGUCGCAUAAGCAAGCAGUGGAGUGGACUUUUGAAGGAAGUCUUCACUGACACAGACAACUUUGGCAUCCAGUUUCCUCUGGACAUGGACGUCAAGAUAAAAGCUGUCCUCCUUGGUGCAUGUUUUCUAAUUGAUUUCAUGUUCUUCGAGAAGGUGGGCGAGGCCAACCAGCGCAGCACUGUCUUUUCCUAAAACCAUGGGGGAAAAGCCAACAGCAGUGAUUUAUGAAUUUGAUAGUGACUUUGUAAAUGUCAUUUAUAUUCAUCAAUUAGUUUUUACUAGUUGCCCUAAUGACAGAAGCCAAACACAGUACCUCUAAAAACAUACUGGCCUACCAUUUAUGUGCUUUAUUAUUGUUAUUAUUUACUUGUUAUUAAUAACAUUAUUAUAUAUUAUUUUGUAACGCUUACAUUUUUAGAAGAUCAAAACAAGCCAUAUGUAUGUAUGUAUGUAUGUAUGCUACCUUUCAAUGACACUCCACUAUACUGCACUUUGGGUUCUUUCUACUUUCAUAUUUUUAUACUCUUGUAUAACUUUCUAAUGCAAUUAAAGCAAAGUGGAAAGUAAGCAAUAGAAUAAAGCCGUAUUCAACUUUCGUGGACAUUAUGAAGUUGUAUGCCCUACUUUGUGUAUACAGUCGGGAAAAUCGAGCCCCUUCGGAUUUUGUAAGUUUACCCCCUGACAAAGAUAUGAACUGUCCAGAAUUUGAAUGCUAGUUGUAUUGUAACAAAGAGACAGAAUGUAAAAUAAAAUCCUUAAAGAAUAGCUUUAAAUAAGGUAAUAAAAUAAUUUUGUAAUGUGGGAAAUGAUUAAUAAAACGUC